AUGGACCACAUCAACUCCAAGUUAGAUGCCUUAACUCAAAAGAUAGAGAGUCUAGACAACGCACCCAAAGCCACCGUGGCUGCAACAAUACAAAGUUGUGAGUUGUGCGAAGCUCAAAGUCAUGCUAUCGCUGAAUGUCGACUUCUAACCGAAGCUCCCACCGACCAAGUGAAUUACACUCAAGGGAACUCUUACAACCAAAACCAGAGAAAUCACCCGUACCUUUCGUACAAUAGCAACAACGCUUUAUAUGCACCUGGCCAAGCACCUACUCCUUCGCCACCAGGAUUCCAAAAACCUGCUCAAAAUGCUCCUAUGAAGUCAAACCUUGAAUUGAUGAUGGAGAACUUCAUAGCCGUACAAACUCAAACUAACAAGGAAGUCCUAAAUCAAAACAUACACACUAGUGAGCAAAUUAAGCAAUUAACAAGCAGGCUAGAUGUCUUGACCACUCACAAUAAGAUGUUAGAGACACAAAUUGCACAAGUGGCUCAACAACAAGCAUCUACCUCUGCUCCUGCAGGCAUAUUUCCUGGCCAGCCUCAGCCAAACCCUAGGGGACAUGUGAAUGCUGUUAUAUCACGAAGUGGAACACAAUACGAUGGACCAGCUGAUCCUAGAACUAAAAAUCCUGCCAUGCAACCUAAUUCCGAUAAGACAACCGAGAAGGAGAGGCAGUUUAAGAAAUUUGUAGAGCUUCUACAAAAACUAAACAUCACAAUACCUUUUACGGAAGCUAUCACACAAAUGCCCUCGUACGCUAAGUUUCUUAAAGAUAUCUUAACUAAUAAGAAAAAGAUCGAGGAAGAAGAAACCGUUAUGCUUACUGCCGAGUGUAGCUCCAUACUUCAAAAUAAUAUGUCUCCUAAGCUAAAAGACCCAGGAAGUUUUUCCAUACCAUGUGUCAUUGGAAAACAUGUCAUAGAUAGAGCACUAUGCGAUUUAGGAGCCAGUAUAAGCUUAAUGCCUAUGCCCAUAUAUGAAAAACUUAAGUUAGGAGAAUUGAGACCAACUAAAAUGUCAAUACAAUUCGCUGACCGUUCUGUCAAAUACCCCCUAGGUAUACUAGAAAACGUGCCAGUACGUAUAGGUCAAUUCUUUAUCCCAACUGAUUUUAUAGUCAUGGACAUUAGGGAAGAUUCCAAUACACCCAUAAUUUUAGGAAGGCCAUUCUUAGCAACCGCCGGUGCCAUAAUAGAUGUGAAAAAAGGAAAGCUCACCUUUGAAGUAGGUGAAGAAAAAGUUGAAUUUAUCUUAACACAAUUCAUGAACGCAUCGGCCAUUGAAGAUAGUUGCUAUAUGUUAGACGUCGUCAAAGAAUGUGGAAAAGAGAUGGAGAAAGAUAAAACCAAAAAUUCUGAAAUUCUAAAAACUCUCAUCCCUCCGACUCAUAAAAAUGGUAAUGACGACCUAGCUAAAUGUUUAAAGAAAAGCUCUUGCUGUAGACUCGACAUAGCUGAAUCAAAUGUCGAUAACACACCCUUUAAACGAGUACCUCCCGACAUACUAAAAGCCCAACCAGAAAGUAGUUCCUCCUCAUCAAGGCAAAGCACUAUCGAUGAUGUCCUCCAUGAGAUACGCACCCAAAAUGCAUUAAAUCAAGAGCACCGUCAACAACAGCUCGACAAUGUCAUACAAGAGCUAGGCGGUUUGAGGCUUCAGUUCAACAAUUUCCAAAAUUAUCAACAGCCUCCCCCAUGA